GAGAGCCGUUUCCGCAUUCCCAGCCUCCAGCCAACGUCGUGAGGUUGACUGUUGACACUCGGGGAGCAUUUACACGGGAGCCCAGCCGAGAGCAACGUACCACCCGCCGGGUGCAGCCGUAGCGGAAGACCAUGUGCCAUUUGUGGUUUAAUAUAAAUUACCUGUCCACGGACAAAGAUUAAGGAAGAACCCGUGUGAAGUGAAUCGACAUGGCCAUGUUCAAGCCUGAGAAUGUGGAGGACUUCUAUGAGAUUGGGGAGGUACUGGGAAGCGGCCAUUUUGGUGAAGUCCGUCGGGUCCGAGAGCUGGCCACGGGAACGUACUGGGCAGGCAAGUUCGUGAAGCUACGCAAGACAUCGUGCAGCCUUCUGGGCCUGGAACGGAGCCGCGUGGAGCAGGAAGUGGAGGUGAUCCAAGCCCUGCAGCACCCCAACAUCAUCGCCCUUAAGGAUGUCUUUGAGAGUCGCGCGGAGGUGGUGCUCAUCCUGGAGAUCGUGAGCGGCGGCGAACUGUUUGACUUCAUCGCCGAGAAGGAGAUACUGACGGAGGACGAGGCCAUCGAGUUCAUGAAGCAGAUCCUGGAUGGGCUGGGCUUCAUGCACAGCAAGAACAUCGGCCACUUCGACCUCAAGCCAGAAAACAUCAUGUUAUCGGACAAAGAAUCGCCGCAUCCCAACAUCAAACUCAUUGACUUUGGCCUCGCCCACCAAUUUCUACCUGGGGAGGAGUACAAGAGCACCAGCGGCACCCCUCAGUACAUCGCCCCGGAGGUGAUCAACGGCGAACCCCUGGCCACGGCAACCGAUAUGUGGAGUAUCGGCGUCAUUACAUACAUACUAUUGAGUGGCAUGUCGCCCUUCCAGGGCAACACAGAUGAAGAUACACUGAGGAACGUCGUGGCCGUGGACUACGAGUUUGACCCGCAGUGCUUCAGCACCACAAGCUCCACAGCCAAAGACUUCAUCCAGAAACUCCUGGUCAGGAGUCCCAAUGACAGACUGACAGCCAAGGAGUGUCUUCUUCACCCGUGGAUCAAGCCCCUGACGCGCCAACAAAAAGCUAACAGGAAUCGAUCGUCCAUCAACAUGAAGAACUUCAAGAAGUUCAACGCCAGAAGGAAGUGGAAGGUACAUCAUAUGUAUGUCCUACAACAUGGUUUGGAUCUGCAACCGUCUGGUCCGUUUAAAACUCUUGUGUAAAGGCAACUCAGAUGCACCUGAGAGACAAUGUGAAAGCGACGCGGAGGACACAGAGAGCAAACCAGCGUCGUUGCUACGAAGACGUCUCAGUAGCAGUUCAUAGAGCCAGCCACGCGCGGGCACCAGCAAGCGGUGAAACUAAGGACGGACUGUUUUUAUUUGGUGAUCUGCGGCAUUCUCACUCUGGAUGUAGCAUAAGAUCGAUAAUGGAAACUGUUUAAGCAUUGAUUCCAUAUCCUUGACCUCCAUGUACAAGUAUGCAUGCAAAUACACCACCGAAUAAUUACCAUUAUUUUCCUAUAAUGGGAAACACUAGCCAAAAAAAAAAAAAAAAACAGCAGAAGGAAAACAUUCCCUUCAUUUUUCCACGCAUUUUGUGCCCAACGAAAAGCUCAAUGAUGAAUUUGCAUUCCAAAAACAUUCCUACCUCAACUCACCUGUCAUUGUAGUCGCAUGGCCGCCACCACAAGAGCCAUUUUAUACAACACUUAUCACUAAUCAUAUCAAGGGUACGCUUUGUCACGUUUUGUCUUUGAGCCACACGCUAAUUCUGUGUUAGCAUCUGCUUUAUGAAAUUUUACUAGAAAACAACUGAGCCCCCAACAGAGCAAAAACGUGUUGUUUGGACUACAUGUUCGUUCCCCUUUUUUUUUUUUGCUAUAUUUUAAUGCCAUCUAGAUUAGUGAUUCUCAAAAAACAGUAUGGGAAAUAAUCACUCCCGAGGUACAGUUCGCUUCUAAGUUUAAUACAUUUUCAUUCCAUUUUUAUGAACCAUUUGUUUUUAAACACUUAUUUGGUCUAAUAGACAGUCCAUUAUCUCUGUCUCUCUCUCUCUGCUGUUUAGAUCUUUUUUAUUUUCCUGUUCAAAUUGUGCAUCGCUACAAUGGCUUAAAAUAAUACUAAAUAUACUUUUAAGAACUAAAA